UCCCUCCUCCCAUUGCAUCUCACGACUCCCCUCAGUUGCCUUUUUGGCAUACCGCAGGCAUCCCCAGCCGCCAGCAGCAGCGUUAGGGUUAGGCACGGUCGUGUGGCGCUUGCUGCUGCGGAACCUCCGGCACUUGCUGUUGCGCCGCCGCCUCCCCACCCGUGGUCGACCAUGUCACUGGUCUUCCUCGCCUCCCCAUCUCACUGUUGCUCCCAUCCUCCGUUCCAAACGCAGCCACAAAUCCAGCAAAGCACCACAGGCCAUUCAAGCUAAAAAGCAAAGACUGACCCGUUAGUUAAAGCACUUAACGGCCCUAACUGCCGUACCUACCGACGAAAUCUGGCGUUGGCGUCAAGGCGUGUAGCUGUCCAUUCCCGACCAUCCAAGAAGGGGGGCAAAGAAUGCCCGGGGAAGCCGGCGAGCUGGCGGCCCCUGGCGGCAGCUUGGAACCGGUCGUCCUCCUCCUCCCACCCCUCCCUCCCCCCCGUCGCUCCCGACCUCCUCCUCCUAAUUUAACCCCACCCGGCCUCCCCGGCUCCCGCCGAACCCGUCCCCCCUUAACCUCCCCUCCUCCUCCUGCGGUCUCCACUCCCAGGAGGCGGGCAGGAAGGAAGGCUGGUUCGAGGGGGGAUCGGCUCCGGCUCCGCUCCGUCGCGCGCCAUUCCGCUUGGUUCGGGUUGCUUCGGCCGUUUCUUGGGGUCAACCUUGGAAGGCCAAUCGGUUGUUGGGGGGUCCUUCCUGAACCGCAAAGGUGGCACUGUCAUUCCAAGCGUCUUCGUUGGAUUUGACCUCUUCGCCUUGUGGCGUGCUGCCGUUGAUUGAGCUCGAAGAUGAUGAAAUGGGGGCUCAGCAGCGGCACGCCCGCGGAUUCCUACUACGAGGUCCGGUCGGAUUGCACGGACGAUGUGCCCAAGAGCAAGUUCAAGAUCAAGGCUGGCAAAACAUUAAGUGCUCGGAAAUGGCAUGCUGCAUUUAGUCCUGAUGGCUGUCUGGAUAUUGCCUCAGUCCUAAGCCGGAUACAAAGAGGAGGUGUGCAUCCAACAGUCAGGGGGGAGGUUUGGGAAUUCUUACUUGGCUGUUUCGAUCCCAGAAGUACCUUCGAUGAGAGGGAAGAGAUCAGGCAAAUACGCAGGUUACAGUAUGCCAGAUGGAAGGAAGACUGUCGAGAGAUGGAUUCUCAUGUUGGUAGCGGUAAAAUUAUCACAUCACCACUUAUCACUGAGGAUGGCAGACCUAUUAAGGAUCCACUGGUUUUACUUGAGGCUACUGCCGACAAGGACAAUUCAGAAGGUGCUCCAGCUACCAGCAGAAAUAAUGGAAUUGAAAUAGAUGAAACUGCAGAGCGCAUUACAGAUAAGCAAAUUAUCGAGUGGAAGUUGACAUUACAUCAAAUCGGGCUUGAUGUGCUACGCACUGAUCGCACCAUGGUAUUCUAUGAGAACAAAGAGAACCUUUCCAAAUUAUGGGAUAUUCUAGCUGUGUAUGCAUGGAUUGACAAGGAUGUCGGUUACUGUCAAGGAAUGAGUGAUUUGUGCUCACCAAUGAUAGUGCUACUCAAUGACGAAGCAGAUGCAUUUUGGUGCUUUGAGAAAUUGAUGCGUAGAUUGCGAGGAAAUUUCAAAUGCACAGAUCAAUCUGUGGGAGUAGCCAACCAACUUCAACACCUUGCGUCUAUUAUUCAGGUUCUUGACCCGAAGCUACAUGACCAUCUAGAAACUCUCGGUGGAGGUGACUACCUUUUUGCGUUCCGUAUGUUCAUGGUGCUAUUUCGGCGUGAAGUAUCAUUUGGAGACUCCUUAUACCUGUGGGAGAUGAUGUGGGCUCUGGAAUACGACCCUGACAUAUUCUUCGCCGCGUGUGAAGAACAAGGUGCAGUACACAAAAAUAAAGUUUCUAAAUCCAAACUUAGAGGGCUGCGUCAUUUUGGCAAGUGGGAUAAGGAUAAGGAAAAUACAAAGAAUGGAUCCGAGGAUGGUGAAGAUGGUCCGGUACCAAUUUCAGUUUUCAUGGUUGCAAGUGUUCUUAAAGAAAAGAGGGAAAAACUGUUACAAGAAGCUAGAGGACUGGAUGAUCUUAUCAGGAUAUUGAAUGAUGUAAAUGGGAACUUAGAUGCUAAGAAGGCUUGCGCCGGAGCAUUGAAACUUCACAAGAAAUACUUGAAAAAGGUACAAGCAAAGAAACCUUGAAGGCGCCAUAGAACAUACCUCCCCAAUGGGUUAUUCUUACCAUUUGAAAAUACACGACCUUUUCCACACACAAUUUUGAGUGAAGGUUCACAGGACACAGGUGGUAAUCAUCUGAACAUGUCCUUGUAUACACCGACCCUGAUGUUACCGGGCUAGUGGGUUGAGUACAGGAUGAGUGCAACCGGCUGUAUGUAUGUAUGUAACGUUCUUUGUACUCCAGAAUUUUGUUGUUUGUACAGACAGAAGGUAGCAUGCCUUGCCUACAUAAUUAUUUCAAUACAAGUUGAAAUGAGCAACACCUUUCUGCUGAA